AUGUCCACGUGGGCGUGCGAUGCUGCCUUGCCCCAGGGCCUGCUGCUGUGGCUGCUGCUGGGGGGGGUGUGGGCAUCCAGGGGGCCACUUCGGCCACUGUGUCGGCCCAUCAACGCCACCCUGACUGCGGAGAAAGAGGCCUGCCCUGUCUGUAUCACCUUCACCACCAGCAUCUGUGCCGGCUACUGCCCAAGCAUGGUGCGGGUGCUGCCAGCUGCCUUGCCACCUGUGCCCCAGCCUGUGUGCACAUACCGUGAGCUGCGCUUUGCCUCCGUCCGGCUGCCUGGCUGCCCACCUGGCGUGGACCCCAUGGUCUCCUUCCCUGUGGCCCUCAGCUGCUGGUGUGGGCCUUGUCGCCUCAGCAGCUCUGACUGCGGGGGCCCCAGGGCCCAGCCUGUGGCCUGUGACAGUCCCCAUUUCCAGGCCUCCUCCUCUUCUAAGGACCCCUUCCCAGCCCCCAAUGCCUGUCCACUCCCAGAGCCAGCAGCCACUCCUUCUCUCCCUUCCCAAUAA